AUGAGUCGUUUUGGAGGUCGUGGUGGUGCCGCAGGAGGCAAUAGUUACAUGAAGACAUUGCCCUUCGGUCUAGGUUAUGGUGACGUUGGUGUCAAUCAUAUUACUGAGUUCCCCAGUAUUCAAUUACCAGUGAACAACCCUAUUACUCCCUUGGAAAGAGCUCGUGCAGUUACAUACAUUAAAUUUGUUCAGACCAUGAAGGAUAGCCCGUUUUAUACUGGAUCGAUGCCCUUGCCUGAUGAUCUAAAGGAAGAUGAGGUUGACGAUGGUGAUUAUGACGAGAAGAAACAUUCUAAGAGAAAGAAUAGGAUUUUCAAAGAGGAAGUGACUGAAGAUGGGUUGAAUGAUGGUAUCCAAAGGUAUUCAGAUAAAUAUUUAAAGAAGAGAAAGAUUACCACUUCCAUUGAUGAUCAUCCUUACCAUUUAGAGAUAUUUCCUAAGGAAUUGUAUUCAGUUAUGGGUAUUAACAAGAAGAAACUAUUAACAAUUUCCAAGUUUAGUAAUAAAGACGAUAUAUUUACUGGUAGUAUUCAAGACGAAAAAGCUGGAUUAUCGAUGCUGGAGAAACUGAAAGAGUUGGCUGAAGACGUUGAUGAAGACGAUGAAAAUUCAGAGAAGAAGACUACAACCGUUGCAGCUACAGACGAGAAUAUUGAUGACGAAUUUGAUGAUGAAGACGAAGAUGACGAUUAUAAUGCAGAAAAAUAUUUCGACGAUGGGGAUGAUGAUGAAUAUGGUGACCAAGAUGAUUAUGGAGAUGAACCAGCAUUUUAA